AUUCCUGCGUGGAAGGGGCUGUUCGGCUCCGCCAGGAUCUGCCCGGGGAGGGGUCGGAGUGCCCGUCCCUGGGGGUGUCCAGGGGGACCCGCCGGACGCGGCGCUCAGGUUUGGGCUCGGCGGGUCCCGGAGGGCUUUUCCAACCCCGGCGGUGCCGGGAAUGCUGCGCUUUGGAAGGAGCGGGGUAUCCCGAGCGCCUCUGACACGAUUAAAUAUCAUUAGUAAAAAAAAAAAAAAAAAAAAAAAAUAGUAUUAGUAAAAAUUAGUAUGGGUAAAAGUUAGUCAAAAGUUGCGAGUUGAAACAGGAGUCAAGCGCUUGCUGCUUGUUUUUGGUUGUUUGUGUUUUUUUGUUUGGUUUUUUUUUGUGUGUGUUUUUGGUUUUGUUUUGUUUUUAAAGAUAAUUCCCAGAUUCGCCUGAAUUAGGUUCCCUAGUUCCGGAUAGUUCCAGGCCGACAAGCACAAAAGGCAGCGAGGUGCAGCACAGCAGUCAGCACAGCGCGAACGUUCUCUCUGUGAAAAAUAAUACCAGUCAGGAAAACACGUGGGAAAACCCCUUAGCACUGAAAUUACCGAAGUGGGGAUUAAUGACUGAAUAAUUUCGAACGUUCUCCGUUUCAGUCUUUUUGUCUAAUUAACGAAGGAAGGUGAGUGUUAAUGUCCUGCUGGCAGCCGCAAGUGCAAGGCUCAGGGCCUGGGAUGUAAUUCCAGCUUUACGAAUACAAACCAAGUAGGUUAAAAUUUUUGUUUCCUUUAAAGCAUCAAACACGCCUCUGUUUAUUUUUUUAAUUGUUUGUUUGUUUGUUUGAGAGCUGUGCAUGCUCUGGGAGUACUUAAGUCAUUGCCAAAAUGUGAAUAUUGAUGCCCAGGGAAAGAAUUCGGUGUAGGAAGGUGAAUUGUCAUAUUUUUGCUGCUGCACUAAAACUGCCUUUCUGGGGAUGCAGGCUGUGUGUGUAUAGUUUUCCAUUGGAUGUGUGAAUUUAUGUUUGGAAUUAAUUACUAAUGACUAACUGCUUUUGGUAAAAAUGUGUGAUGUAGUAGAAGGGUCAGAGCUUUUUGCCGCUCCUCUGAACCAGUUUUGUUGUUGAGUUUUGCGACUCAGACACCCAAAUAGCAGGAAUUAUUCUCAAAUCAUUUGCUGUUGUUGUUAUUUGAUUAUAUAUGUCUUACAUUAUCUGGGUAUUGGGUAGGUUUCUGGACCAUACUCCACAGCACCCUUGCAGGUGGGGUUUUAUCUUCCCUGGUUAUUAAACCCAUCUAAUUGUGGUAAAACAUUUGAAUCUUUAUAAUUAUUUAUUUUAAAGAGAAUUUGCUAGUGUGCAACCAGGAAAGUAACACACAGGUAAUUAGGGUAAAUGUGCCUUUUUAGAGAAUGGAUUUCUGUUUUUAUGAUUGGUACAUUUGUAACUUUGCAUUCAACAGCAAAGUGCAAGCUUUUCAGGAACUGAGAACUAUCACCUUCCAUUUUAAUGGCAGAAUGUGUGUUUUCAGUCUGGCAUUGUUAACUGGAGAUACAUGAAAGAAAGCACGUGAAUAUUAUGAUUGUAUAUAUUAUAUUCAGGUAGACACAACAUAUGUUGUAUUUAAAAAAUCAUGUUGAAACACAAUUUUCUCUUUAGAAAAGGGUGAAUGCAUCAGAUCAAAUAUUUGCAUCAUUAUUAUGAUGAGCAGAGGGUGAAAAGCAGCAUGGAAAUUAAUAGAAAAAAAUAACUUUUCUGGAGAUAGGAGCUGAUUACAUUGCAGAACGUGAUGGCAUUGUAGGGGUUGUUGCUGCUUUUACAAAAUCCUCUUUAAAAAAAUGUGUUCUCCUUGAUGGCUUCCACGGGAGCCUGUUCCCUGAGCAGUGUUAUCUAAAGGCAGCAUGUUAUUUUUUGGCCUUAUCAGGGUGGAUAUUCCUGCCCAGAGAGUGCCCAGUAACUGCUUACUCACUGUGCAGGGAGCUGUACAAGUGGUAGCAACCCAGUUCUUUGGAGCUGAGCUGUUGAAGUCACUGUUCAAGUAGAUCUCAUUUAGAUCUCAUUUAGAUAAAUUCCAUUCUUGUAUUUCAGAGUUCUGCUGCUCUUACUUGGUGAACAAUGAAGGUUCUGCUGCUGAAGGAUCCCAAAGACAAAGACACGGGACCAGAUCCGUAUAUUAAAGAAUUAGGAUUGUACGGCCUCGAAGCAACGUUGAUCCCAGUUUUGUCAUUUGAAUUCCUGUCUCUUGAAAGCUUAUUUGAAAAGCUUUCUCACCCAGAGUGCUAUGGAGGCCUAGUUUUUACCAGUCCAAGGGCACUGGAAGCCAUCAAAAUAUGUUUAAAAGAGAACAGUAAAAAAGAAGCCUGGUCAAAAUCUCUUCAGCAAAUGUGGAAUAUCAAACCGACAUAUGUGGUUGGAAAAGCUACAGCUUCUUUAGUAGAAGAAAUUGGCCUCACCCCACAAGGAGAAAAGUGUGGGAAUGCCGAAAAGUUGGCCGAGUAUAUUUGCUCAAGAGAGAAACCGAAUUCCUCAGCUCUCCUUUUUCCUUGUGGAGCCCUGAAAAGAGAAGUUCUCCCUACAGUGCUUAGAGAGAAAGGCAUACCUCUGGAGAGCCUGACUGUUUAUCAAACUACCCAGCACCCUGAUCUGCAGGAAUCUUUGAGCAGUUACUUCUCACAGCAGGGAAUCCCUGCAAGCAUCGUGUUCUUCAGCCCAUCUGGUGUCAAAUUCUGCCUCCAGCAUAUUCAGAAGCUUUCAGGGGAUGUGAUCAACCAUGUCAAGUUCGCUGCCAUCGGGCCAACAACUGCAGAGGCCCUGGAAGCUGCAGGGAUCCCUGUGAGCUGCACUGCAGGGAGCCCCACUCCCCAGGACCUCGCCGUGGGGAUCCACAAAGCCCUUCACCCCCAGAACUGCUCCUUACCCAAGUGAGAGCCCGGGGGGCCUGGGAAGGUGAACACGGUGCUGGAGGAGGGGUUUCCAUUUGCAGAUCUGUUGUUGUGCAAGAAGAGUGUUUUUCAGGAACACACAACACUCUAAUCAGGGACUGGUGUGAGGAGGUUGCACCUAAAUGUCUAAGAAACGUGGAACCUGCCCAGGAACUCUUAAAACAUCCAACCAUUCCCCUUUCCUCCUGUGAAUGUGAGUGUUUUAUCCUUGGAAAGCAGCUGUGAACACCUGUACCCUGAAAUCAGUUCCUCACAUCACCUCAGGUAUCUCCCAGCGCUCAGGUCAGGUUUUAAUUUCUCUGUAUGAUCAAUUUUAAAGACAUGUCUUCUUUUCAGUGAAGUAUUUUCUUUUGUGAACCUGUUUCUUGUUCUGCUUUUUCAGAUAUUUAUGUGAAAAUGAUGGCUGUAGAUUCUCAGUGAGAUGGGAGAGUUCUUGCAGUGAAGUUGCACUUUGUGGGGCUAAUUCAGGUCAGCUGUUGCCCCUCAAUGUCCUCACAGUAUGGGGUCAUAAAAAUUAGGUUUGGCUUUCUGUUCCUGUAAAGAAGGAGGGUUUAUUAACAGGGAAAUAAACUGGCUUAUCAGAGUUAAUAA